CUCGUUUGAACAGUACAUUCAGUGAGUGCAUUCACAUUUGUAUGAGAUGAAUCUAUAUACAUGUUAUACAGUGAGUUUUGUUUAAAAAAAGAUAAUCUAAGUAUUGUUUGAUACCGGUUGUUCUAGUAAAAUUGCAAAUGUAUCAUCUUUGAGAAUUAUAACUGAAUUUUGACUGUAUUUGAUCAAUGACUGCUUUGGCUGUAAAUGAGGUUGUAUGUAGUAAAAAUUCUGAAUUCUUAAACGCGAACGAAGAUAAAUCUACCGAAACAACCACGGAUAGUAUGAAAUUAGCGAUGGCUGUUGACGAUGAUGCAAUGGCACAUAGUAUUGAGACAACAGAAUUAUCAAAUGGAUUUGCAGAAAUAAUAGAUGAGAAAAAUUCUAAGGAAAGUUUUCUAUCUGUAUCUGAUUCUGUACACUCUGAUUCAACUUCACAGCAUGGCACUCCUGGUACUCCAAGAUCCGAGCAUAGUACGCCCAUGGAAGAUGUAGAUGAUAAUUGCAGUAUUAAACUAGUACUAUCGGAUGAUGAAGAAGAUGCUGAAUUAGAAACGACAGUAAAGGGAACAGAAAAAAUUGCUUCAAUUAAGACAGAAAACAUUGAAGAACCAUCAAAAAAUGUUGAAGCUGCAAAUCAAAAUGAAAAGGACAAGCCUGAAAAUGUGGACAGAAUAGAAGCAGAUCCAAUAAUUCCGAUGAGUUUAGAUGAAACGGAGAGUCAUGAAUUAGCUGAAGACAAUACUGAAAAUUCAAACGUCAUAUCUACAGAAAAUCAAAAUGAUGUUUCCGUAAAAGAUAUAUUAUCUGAACUUGACAGUUGCUUAACUGAGGAAAAUGAUAGUAAUUUAGAUAGAUCGAAUAUAAAUGAUAUUGAAAUGGGCGAAGAAGUUUCGGAAGAAACACUUGCAACUGAUAAACAAAACAACGAGAAAGAAGAAAAUAAUACAGAUUUUCAAAUUAAUGAUGUACUAACCCAAGAGGAAGAUGCUAAAAGCAGUAACGAUUCAAACGAAGGAGAUUUUCAAAUUAGUAUAGUUUCCACCGAAGGAAAUAUUCAAAUCGAUAGUAUUUCAACCGAAGAAGGUAUUCAAACUAAUAACGCAGAUAUUCAAAUCAAUAAUGUUACCACCGAAGCAGAUAUUCAAAUCAGUAAUGUUUCCACCGAAGCAGAUAUCCAAAUCAGUAAUGUCUCAACUGAAACAGAUAUUCAAAUGAAAGAUGUCUCAACUGAAGGUGAUAUUCAAAUUAGCAGUAUUUCAACAGAAGCAGAAAUGCAAAUCAGCAAUAGUGUUUCGGUUGGAGAUGAAAUUAAAAUUAGUAACGUUUCCACUGAAGAAGAUUAUGAUAAAGAAUUUAAACUUUCUAUGGAAGAAAAUUUUGAUAAUGAUAAAUCAGAAGAAGAGAAUGAGAAACAAGAAACUAAAACAGAUGAGGAUACAACGGAUAAUGAUGAAAUCAUGAAUGAUGAAAGCGAAAAAUCGGAAGAAAAUGGUAUCCCAGCUGUCAUUGAUUUGGAUGAAAUUUCUGAUGAGGAUAAAUCGGAUGAAAACAAGGAUUCAAAUAUUACAAAUGAAACCGAAAAUAAUGUUGAGAUUAAAAUAGAGCAGACUGAAAUUUCAGAAAAUGUUCCAUCAGAUACAGAAUGUGUUGAAACAAGUACAAAAAGAACGAGUGAAGCUUUCAAACGGAAAAUAGACGAAUCUGAUGAACUUGAGGAAUGCACUGAAACAAAAAAAAUGAAAACCGAUCCUAUCAAAUCAAAAUCUGAAGACAAUUCUAAAUUAGAUCAAGUCGACGAUACCUGUCAAACCGAGUUGAAUGAGAAAGAUUCAAGUAUUAAACCUGAUAAUGAUAAAACAAUUAAUAAAGAUAGAAAUAAAACAAUAGAAAACGAUGAAAAUCAAAUAAUUAAAAAAAAUGAAACUAAAACCAUUGAAAAAGAGGUCAUUGAAACUAUUGAAAAAGAUACACAUAAAGCAGUUGAGGAAGUUGAAAAUGAAAAAGACGAAGACAAAACAAAUGAAAAAAUAGAAAAUAAAACUAAAGAAAUAGAUGAAAAUAAAUCAAUCGAAAAGGAUCAAGAUGAAAUAAUUAACAAAGAUGAUGAUAAAACAAUCGGAAAGAAUAAAAUUAAAACAGUGGAAAAAGAUGAGAAUAAGACAAAAGCAAAAGAUCAAAAAAAGCCUCCUGAAACGAAAAAAAAGUUAAUACUACGAAUGCUUCCAUUACUUUUUGAAAAUGAACCUAUUCCGAAUGUUAAUGUGGAAGAAUUAAUUUUAACUAAAAUAAUUGAAGGUAUAACACUACGAACGGAAUUAGCUACGUUGCGUCAAAAAGCUCAAACUCAAGAGCAGUUAAUUGAUCAAUUGCGAAGAAAAGCUACCCAUUUAAGUAAACAAUUAGAAGAUAUUAAUACGGUUACACAUCGAUUAACCAUUGAUUUACAAAAUAAAGAUCGUCCAGUAGCACCCGUUAAAAUUACCAGAAGUGUAGGUCUUCAAGUAUCGAUAUCUUCUACACCGGCGCCAAAACGCUUUUCAUCUUCGAAUCCACCAAAUACCAUUAAUAAAAAGAGACCAAUCACAAAUUCCACUCAUCAUAAUAAUUCAUCAACCACAAAUAAUAAUAAUUCAUCAGCUACUAAUUAUAACAAUUCAUCUUCUAACAACAAUUUAUCUGCUACGAAUACUAGUCAAUCAAAUAUCAACUCGAACUCACCCGUCAAAACUUCGACUCCCACCACUCCAUCUAAAUCACCCUCUUUAUUAACAAAAGCUCUUACUAAACCAACAAGUGGCCAAAGAAAUGCGUUAGUUAGCCACUCGACUCCUCCGAAACAACAAUCGGAAUCACCCGCUAAGCAAACUAAGACUUCGGAUAGUAAGUCAGUGACUGUUGAUCUUACUGAUGACGAUACUGACUCAUCCAAAAACAAUAGUAAUUCAGUAGUCACACAGAAUCCUCCAGGCUUAAUACCAUUGACAACCGGAAAUUUAAGAGUGGUUUCAUCGCUUGGGAAUACUCUAUCAACAACAACAACAACGAAUCAACCUCAAAGAGUUACAUAUUUAAUGGCUACACCAGGACAAAAUCGAGUACUAAUUGCUACUAGUCCAGCAACAACUGGUGGGGCUAGGCCAGCAUUGACUGUAGUAGGACAGCCUAAUGUACGAGGAGUCCAAGGAACACGUUAUUUAGUUAAUACUACAAAUGGCCAACAGGCAAUCGUACAACGGCCAGGUAUAGUUCUAACCAAUGGACAAACUACAAAUACAGUACGCACAGUACCCGUUCGUGUAAAUAGUAAUGUUACUAGAGCUAAUGCCUUGACUAACAAUCGACCCGCCAACCCUACUCUACAUCCUGCACCCUUGCCAAUAUUAUUAAAUCAACCACAUUUACCUAAUUGGCGACAAAUUCCACCACGACCAGCUUUACGAAUCAGUCGAACCAAGGAUGGCGGUAUACAAUUAUCAUGGUCUAUGCCUGAAUUAGAUCAAAAAAUUCAUGAAGAAGUAGCAAGUUACCAAUUGUAUGCGUAUCAAGAAGGUGCUGCUCCACCAUCAACAGAACUUUGGAGAAAAGUGGGUGAUGUGAAAGCUUUACCACUGCCAAUGGCUUGUACCUUAACAAGUUUUCAUCCUGGGAAUAAAUAUUAUUUCGCUGUACGAGCAAUAGAUGUACAUUCACGUGUUAGUCAAUUUAGUUACGCACAACCAAUAUCAUUACAUAAUUAAAUAAAAAAGUGGAUAAUUUAUUUAAAACAAAUUGUGCUUAUUAGAAUUGUAUAUAUAAAUAAUAUCAUCAUUAUAUUAAGUUCAUAAUUAAUUUUUUGUACUUCUUUUUUCAAGAAAUAUAAGAGAACAAGAACACUACAGCUCUAGCUAAUGUAGAGUAAACAAACAUGAUAAAACAAAUCUCUAUUUAGAUUUGUAGAGUUGUGUGUUUUAUACAGUGAAUCCUGGUUAAGUGAUACAUCAAGGGGCCUGUAAAUUCGUUACUUUUAUAGAGGUAUUCAUUCCAUUUACCCAGUGUCUCAGAUAUUCGAGUAUAAAUAAAUAUGUAUCUGUCUCAUUUACAGAGGUUUUGCGUUGAAAAGUAUACCGUUUCUUUCUUUACCUUCAACCAACCUUUGCUGCUAUCUUGUGCCUUUUCUUUAAUCACCGGUACACUUACCGGAACGUUUUUGUUUCGAAGUUGGUUGACCCAUGUUAGCAAAUACUGUCCAAGUUCAGAAGAUUCUGAUAAACGGACACGUUUUAGUUUUCGUUGUUCUUCAGAACAUUGUGAUUGGAUUUUAUCUCUGAAUUAUUCCACAAAGAGUAGCUUUGGCACAUUAAAUUCAACACAGGCUUCAUCUCGUGUCUUCCCACUUUCAUAAACGGAUAUUAACUUCAGUUUUUCACGUACUGAUAACGAUUUGAGCCUUCAUUUCGUCAUUCUUUAAAUAAACAUCUGUUUAAUAGUAAAGCAAACCAAAACUGAAGAUCAUUGAAGCUCAAAAUUAGUUAAGUGCGGAAAUUGCGGGUAGAAUAACAAUAAGUUUAUCUCAGUUACAGAGGUUAUUGCAUAUAAAAUUCACUCGCUGUCUCAGUUAUAGAGGUAACUAUGACGAUAAAAUCGAAAGAACGAAUUCCAGAUAUAGAGGUAUGCUUCUUCCCACUUACAGACGUAAUUCAGUACCAAAGUGUUGGGAUUUCAGCAUGAAAUCCAGAUAUGGAGGUUUCUCACUUAUCCAGGUCCCACUUAACCAUGUUUCACUGUAUUGGAUUACACUUCCAUAAUUUCCAGGCAGCCAAAUUUUUCUUUAAAAGAUCAUUUUUUGUAACCAAUUUAUACUUGUGAUAUAAGAGCGAAAUUUGAAUUUCUUUUAUAAUUUUGAAUGACAGUUAUUAUAAAUUUACUAAACUCAAAACAUCUACUAAAAAGGUGCUAUAAAUGACGUUAAAUAUUUUUUGUAUCGCAACGAAAAUUUAUGUAAAAUUAUUUCAA